AAGUGCUGAUGUGGCUGCUGCCGCCACCCCGGGGGUCCGGCCGCCUCCCCCCGCCCCCCGCGGCGAUCCGGCCACCCCUUGGGCCGGCUCCCCCCCUCGCCCUCCCCUCUCUGCCGCAGAGCCAGCGGCUGCCUUCGCCUUCGCCUUCGCCUCCCCCUUCCCCGCGGAGGCGGAGCGCGGCCGUCCCGGGCCCUCCUCCCCGGCCUGCCCCGUCCCGCCCCGGGCAGGAGGCGCGGGCAGGCGCCCCGGAGAGCAGCAGAGGCCGGGCCGGCGCCGGGGGAGCAGCCGCAGGAGCGGAGGGAGCGGAGCGGGGCUGCUUCGGGCACUGCCGGCCGGGAUGGCGGCCGACGGCGGCCUGGAGCAGCGGGCGCUGCAGUACGAGCAGACCUUGAUGUAUGGCCGCUAUACCCAGGACCUGGGAGCCUUCGCCAAAGACGAAGCGGCCCGCAUCCGGCGGCAGCAGGAGCGCUGGAAAGGGUCCCCGAAGGAGCAGCUGCGCCCGUCAGAACUGCUGGAGUACGACCAGAGCCGCUGUGCUCGGUGCCGAAUCUGUACUGUGCGCUGCCAGAAGUUUCUCAUCUCCAAGGUGGGUGAAGACUGGAUCUUCCUCAUCCUCUUGGGCUUGGUGAUGGCCUUGGUGAGCUGGGUCAUGGACUUCACCAUCGCAACCUGCCUGCAAGCCCAGAAGUGGAUGUAUGGGGGGCUGGACACCAACAUCCUCUUACAAUACAUGGCCUGGGUCACUUACCCUGUGGUGCUCAUCACGUUCUCAGCUGGCUUCACACAGAUCCUGGCUCCGCAAGCGGUCGGGUCGGGCAUCCCCGAAAUGAAGACCAUUCUGCGGGGCGUCGUGCUGAAGGAAUACCUGACCCUCAAGACCUUUGUGGCCAAGGUGCUCGGGCUGACGUGUGCCCUUGGCAGUGGGAUGCCUCUGGGCAAAGAGGGCCCCUUCGUCCACAUCGCCAGCAUGUGUGCCGCACUCCUCAGCAAGUUCCUUUCGCUUUUCGGCGGCAUCUACGAGAAUGAAUCUCGCAACACUGAGAUGCUGGCGGCUGCAUGUGCAGUCGGAGUCGGAUGUUGUUUUGCGGCUCCCAUUGGAGGUGUCCUCUUCAGCAUCGAAGUCACCUCAACCUUCUUCGCCGUCCGCAACUACUGGCGCGGCUUCUUCGCAGCAACGUUCAGUGCUUUCAUCUUCCGGGUUCUUGCCGUGUGGAACAAGGAUGAAGAGACCAUCACGGCUCUUUUCAAAACCCGCCCACAUUGGAUUUCCCUUUUUUUUGAUCUUCUUCCAGGAGGACUGCCGGCUUCUUUGGCGGCUAUUAAGUGAGUCUCAGGAUUCGGUCUUCAAGCAUUUACUUCAAAUCCUAAGAUUGUGCAGUUCAUGCGGAAGCAAAAGACCAUUAAUCGUUUCUUGAUGAAAAAACGCCUGCUCUUCCCUGCCCUGGUCACACUCCUCAUAGCAACGCUGACCUUCCCACCAGGCUUCGGGCAGUUCAUGGCUGGCCAGCUUACACAGAAAGAGACUCUGGUGACUUUAUUCGACAACCGCACCUGGGCCAAGCAGGGCCUGGCCGAGGAAUUCGAAUAUGGCAGCGUCUCCGAGGCCUGGAAGCACCCGCACGCCAACGUCUUCAUCACCCUGGUCGUCUUCAUCAUCAUGAAGUUCUGGAUGUCGGCCCUGGCCACCACGAUCCCCGUGCCCUGCGGAGCCUUCAUGCCUGUCUUUGUUAUUGGAGCAGCAUUCGGGCGGCUGGUGGGGGAAAGCAUGGCCGCUUGGUUCCCCGAUGGCAUCCACACCGACAGCAACGUCUACCGCAUCGUGCCUGGGGGGUACGCAGUGGUGGGUGCAGCUGCUCUCUCCGGUGCCGUAACCCACACGGUCUCCACGGCUGUCAUCGUCUUCGAACUAACCGGCCAGAUUUCACACAUCCUGCCAGUCAUGAUCGCGGUAAUCCUGGCCAAUGCUGUAGCCCAGAGCUUGCAACCCUCACUGUAUGACAGCAUCAUCCGGAUCAAGAAGCUGCCCUACUUGCCCGAGCUGGGCUGGGGCCAUCAGGAGAAGUACAACGUUCGCGUGGAAGACAUCAUGGUGAGAGAGGUGCGCUACGUAACCCUCAACUGUCGAUACCGAGACCUUCAUGAAGUGCUUCACAGUACCAAGAUGAAGAGCCUGGCUCUGGUGGAAUCUGCUGAAUCCAUGAUCCUCCUGGGGUCCAUUGAGCGAGCCCAAAUUGUGGCUCUCCUGAGUGAGCAGCUGAGCUUCGCCCGCCGCCUGCAGUACAUGCGGGAGAAGGCCCAGGCGGGGCGCAAAGAGGCCGAGAAGAACCCGGAAAACGAAGGGCAGAUCCCACCUGACAUGGGAGUGCACUUCCAGAUCUGCACAGAGGAGUCUUCGUUCGUUCCGCCACGAAGCGAGGCCCGCAAACCCCUCAAGCCAGCUCUGAAGCGAACCUCCAGCAGUUUAUCCGAGACCCCCACAACUGGGACCGUGGAACCACCUGGCAUUGCCCUGAGGAGUCUCUUCUGUGGCAACAGCACAACGGCAGAUCAUAGUGAGGAGGAAUUCGAAGUGAUCACUGAGAUGACUCCAGCAGAGAUCGUGGAAUGGGAAGAGCAACAGCUCGAUCACUUUGUCAACUUCAACAACAGCAAGAUUGACCCUGCCCCUUUCCAGCUGGUGGAACGCACUUCUUUGCACAAGACACACACCAUCUUUUCACUUCUGGGGGUGGACCACGCUUACGUCACCAGCAUCGGGCGCUUAAUUGGCAUGGUGUCUCUCAAGGAGCUGCGGAAAGCAAUCGAAGGCUCGGUCACUGCCAAAGGGGUGAAGGUCCGGCCCCCGCUGGCCAGCUUCCGGGAGAGCACGACCAGCAGCAGCGAGACGGAGGCCACGGAGAUCCACCAGCUGUGGGACCGGCGGCACCGGCACUCCAUCCCCCGCGAGUCUAGCCCUUCCGAGAGCGACGACAAAUGCCAAUGACGCAAGGUGGACUACCACAGACUGCUCUCUUGGACGUGACACAGCAGCUGCCCUUCCGGCCAAAGCCUCCAGCUGGGGGGACUUCACUCCACCUGCCUGCUUGCCGGUAUGGCAGCGCAACGGACCGGAUGUGAGGAUCCCCUAGAAAUCCACAAGGUUUAAGGCGCAGCUGCUGACACCUGGCCUGAUUCUGGGGGAUGGGAUAAUGUGAAAGAACUCCUGGUCCCGGCUGAGAGAGAGCCCCGACCCGCUCGACCCCAUCCCCUGGAACGAGGCAACUCCCGGUCUCCGCCACGACUUUCCUCUCGAUUGUGAGAUCUAGUUGUUGCCUCUUUGCUGUGCACCUUUCCCCUACCUUGGACUCUAGCAUGGCUCUGGGUUUGCACAUAUGCAGGGCCGGUUUCAGGUUUGGGCAGGGGUGGAGGGCCCCCUUCUCCUCCUCUGAGCUCCGCCAAGACCCCCCCCCCAUGCCUUUCUUCCAACCCCCACCCCCAUCACCCCCCCUCCCCGUCUUGUUUCUUUCCUGCAACUGUUUCUGAGGCUUCCUGCUGGCUGUGUGCCCUCGCUCUAGCCUGAUGGGUGGGAUAUGCAGAUCAGGACAUCACUGUGGUCUCCGGCAAGACUGCCUCCAUUGCUUAUCAAAUGCAUGUCCUUCCCUGGCUCCAUGCGGUUGGGGAGGGCUGCGGCAGCGAGCCUUGUUAGAAACUCUAAACCCUGGGAGGUGCCUCCCCUUAGGUUAUGUUGACACUGGCCCUGUGACCUCCCUUGGAGAAGAGGUGUUCAGUCCCGCCUCUGCCACCGCUCUCGUCUCUCAACUUCCCUUUCCAAUAACCUCCCUCUGUCUUGUAACGGGAGACCGUCAGUUGAGUGCAAAUGCCUUGGAACGGGUUGGGGUCAGCUGGGGUCACAGACCUCUGGUUUAAAGGGACCUGUUUUGAAGGAUUGUCUACUUCCCGGUCUUCUGCACGGAGGCAGAAGCGAGAGGACACUGGAUCCCUGAGCCGUUGAGUUCCAGGGAAACAUUCCUUCCCCACCCAGCCCCUCCCCACCCAAGGACUCCUCUCUGCAGUCUUCCGCCCGCCCCCCUCUUCCCAGAGCCUCCUUCGGAUCCCAGGGAGAGGGGACGGGGACAGGGAAGCUGGGCCCUGAGAUGUAUAUAAAAGAGAUUGCGUUUUUUUUAUAUUAAUUUAAUAAAAUAGAGCUCUAAAA